CAAAAAGGCCCCGUCAGUGUCAAAUUUCAUAAAAUCACAAAUGGAAUGCACAAAAAAACAAAUGAACUUUAUUAAUUUAAUUGAUUUAAUGUGCUUCUGAAAAGUAGUUACCUAAGUAAAAUGUUUAUAUGUUACAGUUUGAAGUUACAAUUAAAAAUUAAUUAAAUAAAUGACGCAGUUAUUUUAAAUCAACUAAGCAAUCAAUUUGCAGCACAACUAUUCUUAAAUAACACGAUGUAAAUAUAAAUAAGUGUUCUAUUUUAAUGAAAAUGCCAAAAAAACUAGUCUUCUUAAUUAUCAUUGCUCUAAUAUCAUUGUUAAUAUGGAUUUACCAUACUUCAAAUUUCAAUUAUAACAGUACAGUUCUCGUUUUAAAACAAAACAAUUAUUUCCGAAAUACUCUUAUACAACCUUCAAAUACCUCAUGUAAUCGCAAUCCAUUUCUAGUGAUAAUUGUUACUUCAUAUGCAGGACAUGUCGAACUCAGAAGUGCCCACAGGAGAGCAAUGCCUCCAGAAUAUUUAGCAUCACUUAGAGUUGCUAGAGUAUUUUUGCUGGCAAAAAUACCAAUAAACGAAAGAUAUAUAACACAAGAGGCCAUCAAUGAUGAAAAUAAUACAUAUGGUGAUAUACUCCAAGGCUCUUUCUUUGAAAACUACAGGAAUCUUACAUAUAAACAUCUCAUGGGAUUAGAGUGGGCUUCUAAUAUAUGCAAGAAUGCUUCAUUCAUACUAAAAGUUGAUGAUGAUACAGUUUUUAACUUCAAUCGAACAUAUAAUUUCCUUAAAAAACUUCCAAGAGGAGAAAAGAAUUUACUAAUGGGAUAUGUGUUAAAUAAUACUCUACCAAGAAGAAAUAAACAAAACAAAUGGUAUGUCACAUUUGAAGAAUAUAAUAGGAAUAUUUAUCCACCAUACUUAUCAGGCUGGUACUAUAUUAUAAGCCCAAAAAUUGCAUCUGUAAUGUGUGAAGAAGCUAUGUAUAAUACAUAUUUUUGGAUAGACGACAUAUUUGUUACUGGACUACUUUCCGAAUCUCUUGGAUUAAAAUUAAAGGAACUUCCUAAAAACUUCUGGUUGGAAUAUUAUGAACUUCUUGAAUGUUGUCUUCGAGACAUGGUAACAAAAUCUAUUAAAUGUGAUUAUGUUGUUGGUCCUAAUGGAGGUAGAAAUAAUUUGAUUGUGGAAUUCAAUGAAGCUUACAAUAACUGUCAGGCUAGAAAUUGUACGCAGAGGCCCAAAGACCAUGAUCUAAAAACAGAUUGUAUUAUGGGUAAAGAGAGAACAAUUUUUAGUGAUGGACAAGCAGAAGUACACCAUAUUAACUUGUAGAUUCAGAGGAAUUAUACACUAAAAAAUAUCAAGUAGAGUAAUUAAUUUACAAUUAAAAUAUACCCAUGUAAUAUUAAAAUUAACAUACAUGGAUCAUACUUGCCUUAUAGACCAAAUUAAAACAAUACAUUAGUUGUCUUAAUCAAUGGCUUGGUAGAAACACAGUAUUAAUCAGCUUUAUGCUUUUUAUAAACAUUUUACUAUUUAAUUCAAUUCAAUAUAAUGAAUGACUAAUGUCAGAUUUUAAAUAUAUUUACUACUUAAUGUAAAUUUUUGCAUUAUUAUCUACUUUAGAAAUUAUAAUCAAUUCCAUGAAUACAGUAAGUGUAGAGAAAACUAUUGUUUAGUAUGUACCUGUUAUAUUAUCUUGUUUAGUGUAACAAUUAGUUUCAACUUUUAAAAUAAGACAAUUGUACUAGUUUAAAAUAGGUAGAAAUUUGAUGCUUCGAAUAUUUACUAAUUCAGGGAUUACCCAAAUAUAGUUACUGUAACCUCAGGUCCAUGGGCUGUCUUCGAUGUUUUUUUUACUCUAUUGUCAUAAGCGUUUCAGAAUUAAAUCUUAGCUUUAAAGGUUGUAUUACUUUAAUAGAUGAUAAAUUUAAUUAAAAAAGGUUACUUGUAGAAUAGAAACAUAAUAUAUUUUAAUUCAAUUUUACUAAUAUAUUUCAGAUUUUGAACUAGAGUAAUUGUAUAAUAUGGCACUACAUGUCAAGAUCAGAUUAAUGUAUGAAUUUUUCGGAUUAAAUACAUAAGAUAUAUAACUAUUAACAAUUGUUACAUACAAUAUAUUAAACUAUAUGACACAUUAAUAUAUUAUAACAGUCAGUCUGUCAAUAAAAAAAUUGAACAUUAAACCAGUCAAAACACAAAA